ACACUGUGUUGCGACACCCAGCAGGCCUGACCGUGACAACAGCAAGGUUUCUCUUUUUGGAAAUGUGAGGGCAUUUCCGUUUCUGCUGGUGUGGUGAGUGGCUACCUUCUUUAUAAGCAGCUCCUCCGGCCCAGAAUGGCAGUCCUUGUUGCACGAGGCGCCCCGGGAUGGCAAUCUGCAGGUGCCCCCUCAGUCACCUAAUCUCUCUCCUCCUCUUCCUGUUCCCUUCAGAGACAGCCUGCCGCCCCUCAGGCAGGAGGCCCAGCAAGAUGCAAGCCUUCAGAAUCUGGGACGUUAACCAGAAGACCUUCUACCUGAGGAACAACCAACUAGUCGCCGGCUACUUGCAAGGACCAAAUACGAAACUAGAAGAGAAGAUAGACGUGGUGCCUGUCGAGCCCCACACUGUGCUCCUGGGCAUCCAUGGCGGGAAGCUGUGCCUGGCCUGUGUCAAGGCUGGCGAUGAGAUCAGGCUCCAGCUGGAGGAGGUCAACAUCACUGACCUGAGCAAGACCACGGAGCAGAACAAGCGCUUCACCUUCAUCCGUUCCGACAGCGGCCCCACCACCACCUUCGAGUCGGUCGCCUGCCGCGGCUGGUUCCUCUGCACAGCCCUGGAGGCCGACCAGCCCGUCAGCCUCACCAAUGAGCCCCGGGAGGCGGUCAGGGUCACCAAGUUCUACUUCCAGCAGGACUAGUGGUGCUGUCACUCUGCCCUAGGCCAGCACAUCCAGGCUCCGGACACCCCUCUGCCCUGCCCAGGGUCCCAGCCUGGGGGGGGGGCAGGGAGUAGCAAUGGCAGGUGGGCCCCCCAAAGGAACUGAGGAACCUGGUGUCCAACUCCGUCUCCAGCCCCUUAGCUGCUGCAACCUUCAUGCCGCCCCAAGUGGUCUCUCUGAAGGGCAACUGGGACCACAAUGUGGCUUCACGCCCUUCCUGCAGCAUCACCUGUGCCUUCCGGAUAGCAGCCGGGACACCUGCCAGACUGGACACCCUCUGCUCCCCCCUCCCAGCUCCCUGCCUGCCCACUUUCCACGCCCAGGUCCAAGAAGCCACUCACUCACCUCCCACCAAGUGUCUCCCAAACCUUGUUUGCAAACCUUGGGAUAGCAGCGCUUUUAGGGUCCGUGGCUAAAUGAAAAAUAAGGAUUUCACGGUAUUUUAAAGGACCACUGUAUCCAAUUGUAAAAUGCUUUAUUUGGGGAUUGUGCCCUUCCUGGAAGGGGGUGGGAGAGCAAAACAUCCAUGUGUUUGUGAAAAACUAUGAUGAAAGCAAGUCUCCUUUUUUUUUUCGUUCUUAUUGUUGUAAUACCCUAACCGGUAAAAUGAGAAGUUAAUGUACCAGGGUGCCUAAUUUUUUUCUUUCUGAAACGUUCCUGUAAGUCUGGACCCCACUGCCCUGGCCCAAGCACCAUCUGUACUCCAGGCCUCCCCCAGCGGCUGGCAGUGCUCCCAGCACAGCUGGCCCGGGGUCCUCCUCUCCCUCCGAAGACAGAGACGCCUGAUCAUCUCAGCACUUCCACGCGGAGGCUGGUCUGAGAGGCCUGGUGUCUGGGUGCCGCCAGCCUGGAGCAGGGACAGGGACUUGAGUAUGUCAGCUCCUCGCAGGGCUGUGUGUGGCGGCCCUUAUGUGCUGUCUGUGUCCAGUGGAAAGUUCCCUGUUCCCUGCCCCUUAAGCUCUGUUUUACAAUAAAACCUUAAAAACGC